AUGGCACAAUUAACUACGACAAACAAUAAUUGGCCCGCCGCAAAGGUUCGGUCAACUUUUAUAUCAUACUUCGAGUCAAAAGGCCAUAAGCAUAUACCUUCUUCCUCAACGAUCCCCUUUGAAGACCCAACUUUAUUAUUCGCGAACGCGGGAAUGAAUCAGUAUAAAUCUAUAUUUUUGGCAACAGUUGACCCAAAUUCAGAGCUUGGAAAGCUUAAAAGAGCAGCCAAUAGCCAAAAAUGUAUUCGUGCAGGUGGAAAACACAAUGAUUUAGAGGAUGUAGGAAAAGAUGUAUACCACCAUACAUUCUUUGAAAUGUUAGGAAAUUGGUCAUUUGGUGACUAUUUUAAGAAAGAUGCUAUUGCUAUGGCAUGGGAACUCCUCACUAAAGUGUACAAACUUCCGAAGGAUCGCCUUUACAUUACUUAUUUUGAAGGUGAUGAGAAAAUGGGAUUGCCCCCAGAUUUGGAGGCAAAAAAUUUAUGGAUUGAUGUGGGAGUAGAAGAAAAGAUGUUAAUCCCCGGAAAUUCUAAAGACAACUUUUGGGAAAUGGGUGAAACUGGUCCUUGUGGUCCCUGUUCAGAAAUUCAUUAUGAUCGUAUUGGUGAUCGUGAUGCCGCAUAUUUAGUUAAUAAAGAUGAUCCAAACGUAGUCGAAAUUUGGAAUUUAGUCUUUAUGCAAUUCAAUCGUGAAUCUGAUGGUUCGCUUCGUCAGUUACCAAGUAAACAUAUCGAUACGGGAAUGGGAUUAGAACGUCUUGUUUCAGCUUUACAAAACAAAUAUUCAAAUUAUGAUACAGAUGUUUUCAUGCCCUUAUUCAAAAAAAUUCAAGAGCUAACUGGUGCAAGGCCUUAUUCCGGCAAAGUUGGCGCAGAUGAUGUUGAUGGUUUGGAUAUGGCCUAUAGAGUAAUCGCUGAUCAUGUGCGGACUUUGACAUUUGCAAUUUCAGAUGGUGGCGUACCGAGUAACGAAGGACGUGGUUAUGUAUUGAGAAGAAUUUUAAGACGUGGCGCUCGUUAUGCUAGGAAAAAGUUUAAUGUACCAAUUGGUCGUUUCUUCUCAAGUCUUGUAGAUACAGUUGUAUGCGAAAUGGGCGAAGCUUUCCCUGAAAUAACAAAGCAAGUCUCUAGUGUUAAGGAGAUACUUGAUGAAGAAGAAGAGUCAUUCUCUCGUACUUUAGACCGUGGUGAAAAGCUCUUUGACACUUAUUUGCAAAAGGCCAAACAGAGUAAUUCUGCACUACUUUCAGGCGCUGAUGUUUGGCGAUUAUAUGACACCUACGGAUUUCCAGUUGAUUUGACACGAUUGAUGGCUGAAGAAAAUGGUCUCAGUGUGAAUGAGCAAGAAUUCUUGGAAAACCAAGAUGAAGCUAAAAAAAAAAGCCGUAAUGGUCGUAAUACUGGUACUGAUGAUCGAGAAGUUGUAGCCUUGGAUAUGCAUGAUAUUGCAAAGAUAGAAAAGGACAAAAUUGCUAAUAUAACUAACGAUAAUUUCAAGUACCAAAGUGAAAGCAUAAAAGCCACUGUAAAGGGCAUUUACUAUAAUCACUCAUUCUUUCCAAAUACUGAUGAUAUUCCACCUGGCAAAUCCUUUGGAAUAAUUCUUGAUCGUACAAAUUUCUAUGCAGAACAAGGUGGUCAACAGUAUGACACAGGUUUCAUCACUAUCGAUACCGUUGAUACCCAAGCAGAAUUUGAGGUGAAAAAUGUGCAGAUAUUUGCAGGCUAUGUCUUGCAUAUAGGGCGUCUAAUAUAUGGUAGAUUUGCUUUCGAAAAUGAAGCAGUGGUCUCAUAUGAUGUGCCACGUCGUAAGCUACUCAUGAAUAAUCACACUGCUACACAUAUUCUAAAUUAUGCAUUACGAGAAGUUCUGGGUAAUUCAAUUGAUCAGAAAGGAUCGCUAGUUGCACCUGAAAAAUUAAGGUUUGAUUUUUCAUUGAAGAAAGGUGUCACGAACGAUGAGCUAGCUCACGUAGAGCUAAUUUCAAAUGAAUUUAUCAAUAAAAAUAAAAUUGUAUAUUCGAAGGAUGUUCCAUUAGCUGCCGCAAAGGCCAUUCAUGGUCUUCGCGCUGUAUUCGGUGAGGUAUACCCUGAUCCUGUUAGAGUAGUAUCCAUAGGAUAUGAUGUGAACGAUAUCGUGCAGGACGUAUCAAAUCCAAAAUGGGGUGACACUUCGAUAGAAUUUUGUGGCGGAACUCACGUUGCAAAAACCGGUGAUAUCAAAGAUUUUGUUAUUUUGGAAGAAUCUGGUAUUGCUAAAGGCAUUCGUAGAAUAAUCGCUGUGACUGGAGAAGAAGCUCAGCAGGCUAUUAAAGUUGCUGAUGAAUUCCGAAUCAAACUUGAUAAGAUCUCAAAAUUACAAGGAGCAGAAUUAGAUUCUGCACUUAAACAAGUUAUAGAUAUAAUAAAUAAUUAUUUUGAAAAAAAUCCUAAUAGUCCGUAUAUCAUCAAAUUACUAGAAGUUGGGUCAAACACAAAGGCUAUUGCUGGUGGUAUCUCACAUUGUAAGACAAACCUAAAAGACAAGGCUGCUUACUUAUUUUCGAUUGAUGAAACUUCAUGUCGUGUAGCUCAUAGUUGUAUUGUGGGUAAGCCUUUAGUUGAUAAAGGACUAAAAGCUGCUAAUUGGGCUAAAGCCGUAUCUGAAAGCGUUGGUGGAAAGGUAUGUAAAGAUGAUGCUGCUCAAGGCAGCGGAACAAAUGUUAAUGAAAUUGGUAAUGCAUUAAAAGUUGCAGAACAAUUUGCUAAACUUCAAUUGUCACUAUAA